GAGGAGGGACGCUGAUCUGCUGCCUGGCUUUACAGUGAAGACAUCACGGCUCCGACUGCAGCUUUCUGUAGAAAUCUACUGUACACAUUAGCGCUUUCCUCCGACUUUCACACUGCUCAAGGCGCAUGCUCAGACUAACUGAGGCUGCAGUGGUUUUAUUGAGGAACUCAGAGACACUGAAACAUUUUAAAGAUGACCACUUCAUGGAGUGACAGACUGCAGAACUAUGCAGACUUGCCUGCCAACAUGGAUGGCAUGACGAUGAAAAAAUACAGGAGAGAACCGUACCACAGAGUGUUCGUCAACAGAAGCUUGGCGAUGGAGAAGAUUAAGUGCUUUGGCUUUGAUAUGGAUUACACUUUAGCAGUGUACAAAUCACCAGAAUAUGAGUCACUUGGCUUCGAGCUCACAGUGGAACGGCUGGUUUCCAUCGGUUACCCCCAGGAACUGCUCAGCUUCGUCUACGAUCCAUCCUUUCCCACCAGGGGGCUUGUUUUUGACACAAUGUAUGGAAACCUGUUGAAGGUUGAUGCCUAUGGUAAUAUACUGGUGUGUGUCCAUGGAUUUAACUUCCUCAGAGGCCCUGAGAUCCGUGAGCGGUACCCAAACAAGUUCAUCCAGAGAGAUGAUACAGAGCGUUUUUAUAUCCUUAACACACUCUUCAACCUGCCAGAGACCUACCUCUUCGCCUGCCUAGUGGAUUUCUUCUCCAACUGUGACAGAUACACAAGCUGUGAAACUGGCUUCAAGGAUGGCGACCUCUUCAUGUCCUACAAGAGCAUGUUCCAGGAUGUCCGCGACGCCGUCGACUGGGUCCACUUCAAGGGUACUCUGAAGGAGAAGACGGUUGAGAACUUGGAUAAGUAUGUAGUGAAAGAUGGAAAGCUGCCUCUUCUCCUCAGCAGAAUGAAUGAAGUAGCCAAGGUUUUCUUGGCUACCAAUAGUGACUACAAAUACACUGAUAAAAUCAUGACCUACCUGUUUGACUUCCCCCAUGGCCCCAAGCCCGGUACCUCCCACAGACCCUGGCAGUCCUACUUUGAUCUGAUCCUGGUGGACGCCAGGAAGCCUCUUUUCUUCGCUGAGGGUACGGUGCUCAGACAAGUCGACACGACAACAGGGCGUCUAAAGAUAGGAACCUACACUGGUCCUCUGCAGCAUGGUAUAGUCUACUCUGGAGGAUCCUCAGACAUUGUGUGCGACUUGCUUGGGGCCAAGGGGAAGGACAUUGUGUACAUUGGGGACCAUAUCUUCGGCGACAUCCUCAAGUCCAAGAAACGUCAAGGCUGGAGGACGUUCCUGGUCAUACCCGAGCUGGCGCAGGAGCUGCACGUGUGGACCGACAAAAGCUCACUAUUUGAAGAACUGCAAGGUCUGGACAUUUUCUUGGCAGAACUCUACAAACAUCUGGACAGCAGCAGUAACGAGAGGCCGGACAUCAGCACUAUUCAGAGAAGAGUCAAGAAAGUCACACAUGACAUGGACAUGUGCUACGGCAUGAUGGGUAGCCUUUUCCGCAGUGGUUCCAGACAGACCCUGUUUGCCUCCCAAGUGAUGCGCUAUGCCGACCUGUAUGCAGCCUCCUUCAUUAACCUGCUGUAUUAUCCAUUCAGCUACCUCUUCAGAGCCGCGCAUGUGCUGAUGCCCCACGAGUCGACGGUAGAGCAUACCCACGUGGACAUUGACACUGAGUCGCCGCUGGCCACGCGCAACCGCACCCACUGCAGCGACUGCAAAGACCUGGAGUGCAAACGCAACCAGCUGACCCGAUCCUUCAGCGAGAUCAAACCUCCCAACCUGUUCCCCCAGACUCCACAGGAGAUCACUCACUGCCACGACGAGGACGAUGAUGAGGAAGAAGAGGAGGAGGAGGAAGAAGAGGAGGAGGAGGAGUAGUAAACUGCACACAAAAGAAAAAGAAGAAGAAGAAGAAGAGUUCCUGCCGCCUUACUGUAUGUUUUCCUGUAGAGUUGGGUAGCGAUCUCUCUCAAAGAGUCAGGGUGGGAAAACCUCUCCAGUGUGUGUGUGUGUGUGUGUGUAUGUGUGUGUGUGUGUGUGUGUGUGUGUAUGGGUAUAACUUAAGCCAUUUUCAGGGACACACACCAGACUUAUAACCAGUUGAUUGGGGACGGCUUGUGCAAAAGGUGUGUCCCCGUUUUUUGGGUCAGUGCUUGAGGUUAAGGCAAGUAGUGGUUAUAGUUAAUGUCAAGGGAAGUCUCCAGGAAAUCAAUAUAAGUCUAUGUAAAUACCUCAAAAGUGACUUAAGUAAACCUGUGUGUAUAGAUAUACAUAUAUCAAUAAUGCACACCAGGGCUGGGCGAUAUGGAAAAAAUUAGAUAUCACAAUAUUUUUGACCAUUUGGCAAUGUUGUAGGGAUAACUAGUGGUUUUUUCACAAAAUAUUUACACUAUUAGAUUUUUGAUAAAUAAUCAUCGGUAAUGUGGAUAUAAUGACAGUAAAUGACUACAGUCAAUUUACUCUAAUGCAGCCUUUAAAACACUCAUGACAUAUCAUAAUAUCCAAAAUCUAAGAUGAUAUCUAGUGUCAUAUCACAAUAUCAAUAUAUUGCCCAGCCCUAAUACACACAAACACACACACACACACACAUACAUACAUACAUACAUACAUACAUACAUACAUACAUACAUACAUACAUACAUACAUACAUACAUACAUAUAUACAUACAUACAUACAUACAUACAUACAUACAUACAUACAUACAUACAUACAUACAUACAUACAUACAUACAUACAUACAUACAUACAUACAUACAUACAUACAUAUAUAUACUGGAAGUUUCUGAGGUUACUUAUGAAAGUAUAAAGGACCAGUAGCGAUACAGAUCAUAUGACUGUCAGAAGACUGUAUGCAUGAUUGAUCUGCCAAAACCCAACUUUUCUUAGCUUAAUUUAUAAAAAAAAAAAAAAAAAAAAUAGAAAGAAACACUUGACAGUUCUUUAAUUGAUUUGAUUUGAUGUCUGUAUUAUUUUUUCCAGUCAAACACAAACUCGAGUAAACACACUAUAUUUCAUGAUGUUUUUAUAAGCUGACUUUUAAGAUCUGGUUUUGGACUGGCUGUAGACUGUAAACUAGUUUUAAUCAUAGACAUUUUGGCCUUGCUGACACAGUAUUCACAUUAUAAUUGGACGAAGACACUUUUAUAGUUAUGCAGCUGAAGGAAGAUGCACAUAUUUCAACUGCCUUUAAAAAAAAAUGCAACAUGGGAACAACAUUUAAUUAGUUUUUUUUCAUUUUGUCUCUUCAUUAUAGAGAGGGGGGUUCUUUGUUCUAACUUGUCCAAGUAUGCAAGAGUGUGUGAGUGUUUGUGAAUCUGUGUGUGUAUCUGCCAAAGUAGACUCACUCAGACAAGUAGCACCCUGAGUGACAGUAAGCUAAACUAAAGCACAAGCCGGCGUUUAAACCGAUCAAGGAACCAGAUGCUUUUUUUUUUGUUUGUUUGAAGUUUGGUUGAGAGAACAAGUCGUGGCACACAGCUUUGUUGAACUGAUAUUUGGUUACCAAGCAACAAUGAGGACAUAGUACUGUAACCGUAUUAUAUGCCGAUAGUCUCUAUGACAACCCUAAAGUAGUGCUUCUGUAAAUAGCCAUCACGGUUCAUGGUUUAACGUCAUGAGCAGCUAACAUGCAGUAUUUUUCAACUUGGUUAAAAAGGAAAAAUGACACUUGAGUAUUGCAUUUCAGAGGGGUUCAUUUUCAUAUGAGGGGGUAAACAAUACAAGACAUUUUUGACCAGUUCGAGCUGCUUUGAGAUCUCAAGAUGUGUGAAGUGAUUUUUUUUGUGUCUUGUAAUAGGAGUGUGCAAGUGGCCUCUGUAUGCAAGGAAAAGGAUGCUCAGUUCAGUCAGUCUAACUGGCUCCAAACUGUGAUUAGCUUAGCUGCCUUCACUUCACUUUGGUGUUUUCAUCUACUGAAGAGAGGUCUGCUUCAUCCCGGUCGAUCAGAGUGUGCGAGGCUGUGUGGAAGAGGAGUGUGUGUACAAUACUCAUCUGUAAGGCCUCAACACUGUGAAUUGACCAUUUUGUUAUAGUGUUGCUUCUACUGUAGCUGUGUUACUGGUAGAUCUCUGACUUUAAGCACAUUAUACAUUAGUCACUAUCAAGUUUGGUUUGAUUUCAUUGAAAGUGACCAAACGACCCACCAACUGUCAUCACCACUGACUGCAUAUAAAUAUGGACGAUGCCUCUCUACUUUCAGAGUGAAGUCAAAAUGUCCUUGUUAUCCUUUCUUGGAGCUGCCAGAGUCUGCACAGUAGAGUCAGGCUUCAAAUGAUGGAUGUUUGAGAGCGGCUGUCACAGCUGUCAAUCAUGAUGUCACACCCUUUUUUAUAUCAUCAAAUAAAAAUAAAAAACAGCAAAAAUACAAAAUAAUUAAUAAGAAGCAAAUUUAUCAGAAAAAAUAGCACUUGAACACGCAUCAGCGUGAUUAAAAAAAAAAAACUACCUAAAAUGACAAAAAACAUCUUUGAAAAUUUUGAUGUGUAGCCACCAGGGGGCAAACAAGACACUUUUAGGGGGGUCAUGACAUCCAUAUUUAUAUACAGUCAAUGGUCAUCACACUCUGAUACAAAUGUUGCUAAAUCCUGAUUGGUGCACCCUGUUUCCAACUUAGCCCCACCCAUUUUAAAACCAGCAAGAAGAGCACAGCGAAAACCAGAAAUCUCAUGUGAAAUAACCAAAACUGUUCAAACUUUGUCAGAAGCUCAAUUUCAAUCAUUGUGACCUGAUUUUUUUAUUCUUUCUUUUCCUUAAUGUCUUCUGUAUCCUGUAUGUAAACUUUACUUUCUCCUUAUACUUAGUCUGGACUUGUUCUAUCAGUCGUGUUCGUGUGGGAUCGGCCUGUUGAUUUAGGAAACAAAAGGGAAGUAACAUGCCACCAUGUCAACCUUUUUUUUUUUUUUUGCAUCAUUUUGAUUUGGCUUGUUGUGGAGCGGAGGAAGGUGAACAUGUUAUACUGCAAUUUUAUGUGUCGACACGUGACAGAACCUUGUAGAAAACGAAGAAACAUAUUACAGUUAUUUGUUACCAUUUUUCUUUUUUUUCUUCUUCUUAUUUUACAAAUGAAAUAUUUGUAUUCAAUUUUAAUUAUGUGUCUUGGACAUAGGAUGACUGGAUUUUCUACAUGAGGCAGCUGUUUUGCUACUAAGAAUGGUCGACCAGUUUUUCUUUGCAUCAUUUGCAUAUGCAUGUGAAAAUAAUGAGCAUAUCUGUUCUGCCAAGCUGGUGAUGGUAGCAUUGGUUUUGCUUCUAUGUGCAUCUUUUUUUUUUUUUAGGAACUUUUUUUUCUGACUGUUGUCAUUGUAGUUUACACAGGGAGAAAAAACUGUUAACCUGUUAAAAAGCAAACUUACAAUGAAGGGAAAUGUGAAUAGCAUGUUAAGUACUUAAAUGUUACUUGUAAUCAACACCAUGGGGUUAUUUUUAUUUUUCUAAGCUAGUGUUUUUAAAUGGUCUUAGUUUACAGAACUGUAAAUAGACCUUUUCAUUUCCUUACCUUAUCAUAUUUCUUUUUCCAAAUAACAUUUUUUGUUAUCUUUUAUACAGUGUCAUAGAGGUCUGUCGCUCGGACUUUGAACUUAACUAACCUAAACUAAAGCCUGGCAAAGAGGUUACAGUGCUUCAGAUUUUUUUAAUUUUUUUUUUUAUUGUUGUGAUGCCCAAAAUGCAUCCACUCUAACUACAGGUGCCAAAACCAGUCACCUUUCAUUUUCUAAACUAUGGUAAUCCUUUGUGUUAUGCAUAUCAAUUUUGUGUUCUUCUGAACAGUGUUUUGUUUGUUUCCAGAAAUUAUCCUACAGACUGUACAUUGAGGUAAAUUACAUAAAAAUGUAGAAUAAAGAUAGUUUUUCAUACU